UUUGAAAUGAAGCAGGUGGUGACAUGAAACAGCAGAUUGAGAGCUGAGCAUUCCCGGCUGGUGUUUUAACUGGACACACGCAGCUCUCUCCCGCGGACUGAGCAGUAUUUGGUAGCUCCAGUGCAGGGUGUGAAUCUUUGUCAGAUGGAUGUGCUUUUGCUCUGAUCAUGCCUGUCGGGGCUGAGGGGGAGCCGGGACCCUUCUCAUGUGAAAGCGGAGAGCUUCCCUGUUGAAUGCGGAUUCUGCCCCAGCGUUCAGCUGCAGAGCUGUGAGCAGCUGCACCCCCGCCAACAUGAAGAAACCUUCCUGCCGGUGGGCAGCAGUGUCUACAGAAGGGGCCGGACAGGAGGAGCAAGAGGAGGACAGGGAACAGAAAUGGGCAGAGCUGUUUCGGCAGUUUGACACCAACAGGGACGGGCGUGUGGACGUGACUGAGCUGGGAGAAGGGCUCCGAUCAAUGGGCCUCUUAACACAGGCUGACACUGAGAAGGAAAUCCUCCGAGCUGGUGAUACCAAUCACGACGGUCAGCUCGACCUGGCAGAGUUCAUCGAGUAUCUGCGGCAACAUGAGAAAAAACUCAAGCUUAUGUUUAAGAGCCUGGACCAGAACAAUGAUGGUCAGAUCGAUGCCUAUGAAGUUCAGCACACACUCUCAACCCUUGGAAUCACAAUCACACUGAAACAAGCAGAGAGGAUCUUGCAAAGCAUGGAUAAAGACGGGACAAUCACUGUCGACUGGAAUGAAUUUCGAGACCAUUUCAUCUUCAAUCCAUUAACCAACAUGGAGCAGAUUGUUGAACAUUGGAAACAUUCAACGUUCAUGGACAUUGGGGAGUCCCUGACCAUUGUGGAUGAGUUCUCUGAGAGUGAGAGGAAGACUGGCUCGUGGUGGAGGCAGCUCCUGGCAGGAGCUAUGGCAGGCGCAGUGUCACGCACUUGCACUGCUCCCCUGGACCGACUUAAAAUCUACAUGCAGGUCUUUGCAGCCAAGCAGAAGUUAAACAUGCCUGGCGUGUGGAUGAUGAUGGUGAGAGAAGGAGGUUUCUUAUCUCUGUGGCGAGGGAAUGGAGUUAAUGUCCUGAAAAUCACUCCAGAGACAGGCAUCAAGUUUAUGGCUUACGAGCAGUAUAAAAAGUUAUUUACGACCUCACACUCCACACUCGAGGUGCACGAACGCUUUGUGGCAGGUUCACUUGCUGGUGUCACCAGCCAGACUCUGAUCUAUCCGAUGGAGGUGCUGAAGACCAGGAUGGGUCUUGGAAAGAGUGGCCAGUAUAUGGGAAUCUUUCACUGUGCCCAGAAGAUGCUCAGGACAGAAGGCCCACGUGCAUUUUUCAAAGGAUACAUCCCAAAUGUUAUUGGAAUCAUUCCUUAUGCCGGGAUUGACCUUGCUGUCUAUGAGACCGUGAAGAACAAAUACUUACAAACCUACGGCCAUUCCAGUACUGAUCCUGGAGUCUUUGUGCUGCUUGCCUGUGGCACCAUCUCCAGUACUUGUGGUCAACUCGCAAGCUACCCACUGGCACUCAUACGGACCAGGAUGCAAGCACAAGCUGUCAUCAAAAAUGAGCCCCAGCUCACCAUGAUCCAGCAGUUUACCCGGAUAGUGCAAGGAGAAGGCUGGUCCGGCCUGUACCGAGGAAUUACCCCCAACUUCAUGAAGGUGAUCCCUGCUGUGAGCAUCAGCUACGUUGUCUAUGAAUAUAUGAAAUUCUUCCUGGGUGUUACCUCGAAGUAAUGGGGUACCAAGACCCUUGGCUGAUGGACAAUUCUUCUCUAUUUUGUUCCUGUGUUCUCUCUAAGCAAAAAGAACUCCAGAAAAUUACCGCAUGCUAGCCAAACUGAAGAUGAAUGUCCUCUCUGAACUCAACAGUUACCUCCAGUCUUAAAUCCUCCUUUUUAUUUGAUUGUGCAAUUUUCCAAUCACCAAAACCUCACUGUAUUGUUCUCAGGGCAGCUUCCCUGUGCAUUGCUGCCUUCGGUCAAAUCAGGGAGAUGAUCUUCAGCCUGCUUGAAGAUCGCCAUGUAGGGACUUGGAUUGGAUUCCUAAUUUUAUCCUCACUUGAGGUGCACUUUUUAACAAAAAACACUGGGUCAGCAAAGAGCAACCCCAGCUGAGACUGACCAGCAAUGGUAUUCAGAAUCUCCUCAUCCCAGUGCUGCUUUCAGGAAGUCUUUCAAUGGAAAAUGGUUUCUCAUGCGAUGUCUUGCCAAUGCAGCUGGUAACCUGGUAAUGCAUGAGAAUUUUACUGCAGAAUGUGAUGUCAGAACACUGUAUGUACAUAGUGAUAGUUUUAAUAAUUUAAUAAACGCACUUGCUCUUAAUUCCUCA